GGGGCAACUGCAACAAUUGCACCACGCACGGGAACCUACGUGAGGCAAGCUGCGCCAUCAUUGGAAAUCCCCGUUUCUUGCGUGGAAAGCGUUGCCGGGCGAGGACAGCCCCUCAUGCCGAAAGGCAGGUUUCAGUGGACCAACAAGUUUUUCCUGGACACGCACUACACGUCCAGCACACGUCAUUUG